CUCCGGAGCGCGGGGAGCGCCCUCCCCGCCGCCGCUCGCGCCGGACCCCCGGCCCCCGAUGGCUCGGAUGGGGCUCGCGGGCGCCGCUGGACGCUGGUGGGGACUCGCCCUGGCCGUGACCGCCUUCUUCCUCCCAGGCACCCACUCGCAGGUGGUUCAGGUGAACGAUUCCAUGUAUGGCUUCAUCGGCACAGACGUGGUACUGCACUGUAGCUUUGCCAACCCGCUGCCUGCUGUGAAGAUUACCCAGGUCACAUGGCAGAAGGCCACCAACGGCUCCAAGCAGAAUGUGGCCAUCUAUAAUCCAGCCAUGGGUGUGUCCGUGCUGCCUCCCUACCGUGAGCGAGUGAAGUUCCUGCGGCCAUCCUUCAUCGACGGCACCAUCCGCCUCUCCCGCCUGGAGCUGGAGGACGAGGGCGUCUACAUCUGCGAGUUUGCUACCUUCCCAACCGGCAACCGGGAGAGCCAACUCAAUCUCACUGUAAUGGCCAAACCCACCAACUGGAUAGAAGGCACCCAGGCGGUGCUUCGAGUCCGGAAGGGGCAAGAUGACAAGGUCCUGGUGGCCACCUGCACUUCAGCCAAUGGGAAGCCUCCUAGUGUGGUGUCCUGGGAAACCCGGCUAAAGGGCGAAGCCGAGUACCAGGAGAUCCGAAACCCCAAUGGCACCGUGACAGUCAUUAGCCGUUACCGCCUCAUACCCAGCCGGGAGGCCCACCGGCAGUCCCUGGCCUGCAUUGUCAACUACCAUCUGGACCGCUUCAAGGAGAGCCUCACUCUCAAUGUGCAGUAUGAGCCCGAGGUGACCAUCGAGGGGUUUGAUGGCAACUGGUACCUGCAGCGGACAGAUGUGAGGCUCACAUGCAAAGCUGACGCUAACCCCCCGGCCACGGAGUACCACUGGACCACGCUGAACGGCUCUCUCCCGAAGGGUGUGGAGGCCCAGAACAGAACCCUCUUCUUCAGGGGACCCAUCAAUUACAGUCUGGCAGGGACUUACAUCUGUGAGGCCACCAACCCCAUCGGUACCCGCUCGGGCCAGGUGGAGGUCAAUAUCACAGAAUUCCCCUAUACCCAAUCUCCUCCUGAGCAUGGGCUGCGUGCGGGGCCGGUGCCCACGGCCAUCAUUGGGGGCGUGGCGGGGAGCGUCCUGCUGGUGCUGAUUGUGGUCGGCGGGAUCGUGGUGUCCCUGCGCCGGCGCCGACACACCUUCAAGGGUGACUACAGCACCAAGAAGCACGUGUACGGCAACGGCUACAGCAAGGCGGGCAUCCCUCAGCACCACCCGCCCAUGGCGCAGAACCUGCAGUACCCCGACGACUCGGACGACGAGAAGAAGGCCGGCCCGCUGGGCGGGAGCAGCUACGAGGAGGAAGACGAGGAGGAGGGCGGCGGAGGGGGCGAGCGCAAGGUGGGCGCCCCCCACCCUAAGUACGACGAGGAUGCUAAGCGGCCCUACUUCACUGUGGACGAAGCCGAGGCCCGACAGGACAGCUAUGGGGACCGGACUCUGGGCUACCAGUACGACCCCGAGCAGCUGGACUUGGCUGAGAACAUGGUUUCUCAGAACGACGGGUCUUUCAUUUCUAAGAAGGAGUGGUACGUGUAGCCCCCACCCCCCAUCUGCGGAGCCUCUGUCUGUGCCCACUUCUCCCCGCCCCUACCCGCACGCCCCCUGUCCACCCCCUACUGCCCGCUCCCCCAGGAGCUCCACAGAGACUCCCGCGCCCCUCUGUCCAAAGCCAGCCUCCACCCUGGGGAGCCAGGGGAGCCCAGGGCAGCCGCCUUGGCUUUGUUUUUUCUUUCCUCCCUCUCCCAGCCCUUCCCCGUGGUGUUGUGUUCCACUGUGGCUUUGGUGUUGCUGUAUCUUUCCUUUAACAACCCCACCCGCUACCCACUGUGUAGGGAGCCCCGUUCUUGUCUUGUGUACCUGGGCCUCCCUCCAGGAUUUGGGGAGCCCGCCCUGCCCCCACCCCCUAACACUGGAAAUUUGUUCGUAUUCUCUUCAUUGGGGGUGCAGGGCUAACGGGGCUCCAAGAGGAAGAGCCCCCACACACACACACACACACCCCUCACUCCUGGAUGCUGCUCCUCUUUCCAGACAGAAGGAACCCAACACCCCACCGUAAGCUGACACAGCCAGGGGGUUGGGACCCUGGUCUAGACACCCAGCACACCGAAGAGACAGGGGUAGGGAGGCGUCCCACAGCCCCGCAGAGGAGUCUUGUUAAGGGUUGCUACCCCAGGGCCUUGGGUGGUAUGUUUUCUCGGUGAGGGUGGUCUUACCUUUUUUAUUUCCCCCUUGGCCUACGGAGUCAAGCUGACCCAGCUCUGGUGCGCCCCUCCCUGUGCCCCCAGGGUGUGCCCCUCACACUGUGAGACACUCCGGGGGGACUCACCCCUCCUUCCUGAACACCUCUGCCCACACAUGCACAGGGGAACAUGUCCACGCCACUCGGCCUGCCCCAAUCUCCCAGGGCUCCUGCAUCCUGCCCAGGCUGGACGCUGCCCAGGGCCCACCCUUCCUGCUUUGCCUCUCCCCCUCUCCAGAUGAAUCCUCAUCUGCAAGUUUCUAGGGACAGCUAGGAUGAGCCUUCCAGCUGCUGCCACUCUAGGAUUGCAGGAUGGCCCCAACCUCUCCCUAUAGUAUAGAAGUUUCUCAGAUUCCUCUCUUACCUAUCAACUGCCAGCAACACUUAAUUCUCUUGGCAAUUCAGGGCUGGGGUCUCCGAAGGGAAUUCCGUCCAAGAGGUGGAGGCCAAGGAUUUCUGUGGAGAAGGAAGCCUUGUGGGAGAAGCUUCGAGGACAGCUGGGUAGACUGGGGAGGACAGGAAGGCCUCACCGCAGGCCCAGGGCCAGUGCAGAGCCAGGCGCGGCCAGGAGACUGCUGCUGGUCCACUCUCCCUUCCCUGCUCAGCAGCCCCUGGCGCCCGGCCUGGGAGGGAGAGCCCUGCGUUGAGUUCAGAUUCUCUCCUCAGUGGUCCAGGGCUAGGCCUUCCCAUGCUGGCCUCUCCCAGCCCUCUCUGUCCCCCAGCUCAAAGUGCCUCAGUUCCUCCACCUGCCUCUCCUCCCAGGUUCCCUGCACUCGACAUGGGCAUGCCCACCCCCUGGGAUGGACAGGCAGGGUCGGAGGACCCUCGGGCCUGCCCAUCACAAUCUCGGCUAACAGCCCAGGGUGCUGUGUACUGUGGAAGAUGUUGGGGGAAGAGGAGCAGACUACUCUGUGCCCCAGGGGCACUGACCACCCUGCCAUAGGCUUCCCAAGGGAGCCCUCCAGCCCCAGCCUCUUCUCCGCCCAGGUGCUGCUAUUGAACCCCCACCCCCACCCCCAGCCGGAAGCUCCAUCUCUGCCCUGGCCACCCCGCUGGCCCUCACUGCCGGAGCCCCAGCCCAGGCCGCCCAGUAGCCAUGUAGCAGAAGUCUGAAGCCAUGCCAGCCCGGGGGCGGCUCUCCCCUCUUGGCAUUGGAGGCACUGGAUGGGGCAGGAUGGGGAGGGGAAAUUCAAGGAUUUUUAGCCACAAGGCGGAGGGAAGUGGAAGAGCUGGGCUGUUCUCCUCAGCAGUGUUAGUGUCCCCUAGGGCCAAGGUCCCUUCCCACGCCACAUUACUGCCCUCCUCCCUCCUCAUGCCACAUGGGUCCCACUGCUCUGUCUCCCCCCCAGGGGCAAGCCUGGGGGUCUGCCUGGUAGAGGCCGUCCCUAUCCCUGUGGGACCAGUCGCCCCCUCCCCGCCCCUCUGUGGUAGACUGAAGAGGCCCUGGGCCCAGCCAAAGCACUGAGUCCCCCAUAAAACAUCUCCAAACCCCCCACAAGCAAAGCACAAAUGAUGGGGUCCUUGCAGCAGGGGCUGAGGGCCCGGCCCCUGCCUGCUCACCGGGCAGCUGCUGCCUUGGGGUGAGAAUGGGCGCGAGGCACGGGUUAGCGCUCGGGCCCAGGGAGCUGGGGGUUCCUGUGCCCUGUGUCCCUGGGACAGUGGCAGACACAGCCAGCUGCCGGAGGGAGGGCCAGCCCAGCAGAAAGAUGAGGACAUUUUGCUUCUUCAUGCCCCCAGCAUGAGCUGAGCUUCCGCUUCGCUGGAAAUAAAAUAAACCUGGUGUUUACCGUGCCAAGGCCUGCCCAGCUGUCAUCCUGCCUCUCGUGGCCCCCCACGGCCCCCGGCCCCCGGUUCCCUAUGGAUUUUGAUAUUGUUCUAGUGUGCGACAACCCUCUGUGUCCCCUUUUGCCAGAAGGAGCUAAAAGGCAGCAGCACGGAAUCAGUGAACACAAGCUCAGCACACGCGCACAUGGGCACACUCACCGCCAGCAGGCACAGACACCUGUGCAUGUGCACGCACACUCACACACACACAUACACGGCCAGACGGACAGUCAGUGCAGACACAGCAGAAGAAUGGGUGCAUCCUGCGGAGCGCCGUUCAGGGGAAGCAAUCGUUUCCUAGUGCUUGGUUCCAGGGCAGAUUGGCCAGCUGUCCCCUCACGGGCCCCAGUCACCGGUGCAAUAACGUUACUGCCAUCAAAGCAGGAGAAUCAGGACUCAUGUCAGGUGGAUGUGACGGCUCACCUGAGCCCAGCAGACAUCAGUGUUUCCUCUCCUGGAGGAGGCGGGGGG